AUGGUGGACCUGUUUGUGGAUCGGGUCCUGGUGAAAAACAACAAGGACCAGGAUGAGCUGGACACAGAACGAGAGAUUGUGUUGCGCCUGCAGAACCGGAUCCUGAUGCUCCUCUUUGCAUCUGCUGAAUCAGAGAGCUGCCAGCAGUUCGCUCCCACCCUUCACAGCUUCUUCAAACAGCUGACGGAUGAGUUCUACGUGGAGCGAUCUGCUCAGCUGGUUCUUCUGUACAUCAGUUUGGAUCAGUCAGAGGAACAUCUGGAAAACUUCCUCAAGGAGCUUCCCAAGAAAUCCCUGUUCCUGACCUACGAGGACCCCUACAGGAGGGAGCUGGAGACCUUGUUUAAUGUGAAGGAGGUGCCCACAGUGGUGGUCCUGCGUCCUGACUGCUCUGUUCUCAUCCCCAACGCCGUGGAGGAGAUAAGCCGCCUUGGACCAGACUGCUACCGCAACUGGCACGAGGCGGCGGAGCUGAUCGACAGGAACUUCCUCAUGAAGGAGGACUUUGAGGAGAAGUCCAUGCGCAGCUUCAGUGACCCUAUCAGAAGACUUAAGUACAAGGUGGAUGACGAGAAGAAGAAGAAAAAGAAGAUCAGAGGCUGGGAUGGAGGAGGGGAAGCAGGAGCAGGUGACAAGGAUGGAGGAGGGUCGCCAUGGUGA